AUGAAUAAUUCAAUAAAAGAAAUUACAUUUUAUAUAAAAGAACAUCCAGAAUUCAAUACAUUCAUAGGUAAUAUAUAUAAAUCAAAUGAAUUAUUUAAUAGUAGUUUUAUAAGUAGUAUACAAUUAGAAACAAUCAAUUUUAAAUAUUCAAAAUGUUUUCGUAUUGAUCGUUAUACUGGUAAUUUAUAUACAACCAUUGAUGCUAAAUAUUUAUUAGAUAAUGAAAAAAUUUGUAUUAAAAAUAAAAAUUCUAAAAUUCUAUUUCAUCAAUUCUAUCAUAAUAUAACACAAUAUUGUUCAAUUCAUCUUAUUAUUACAAUUAAUCAUCGUUUAUUAAUAUCGAUUAUGAUAGAAAUUGAAGAUAUUAAUGAUAAUUCACCAAUAUUUCUAAAUGAUGAUCGUCAUCAUAGUGAUAAUAAUACAGAAAUAAUUUAUAUUAAUGAAACAGAUUUACCGGAAUAUACUAAAAUUCCAUUGAAACCAGCUUAUGAUCCUGAUUUUAAUGGAUAUAAUAAAUUAUAUUAUUAUUUAACACUUAUUAUAGACCCUGAACAAAAGGAACAACAAUCAUUAGUUCAUUCUAUGAAUAUUCAUAAUCCAUUUCGUCUACAUAACAAUGAUGAUAAUGAUAAUGAUAACGAUAAUGAUGGUGUAAUAACACAUUUCAAUGAAUCCUAUCAAUCAAAUAAUUUAUAUCUUCAAUUAAUAAAGCCAUUAGAUUAUGAAAUUCAAUCAGAAUAUCAAUAUAAUUUAACUGUAUGUGAUAAUCGAUUAAAUCAAUUAUCAAUUAUUGAUUUAUAUAUCAUACAUUGUACAUGGAAAUUAAUAAAAAUUUAUAUUAAUAAUAUGAAUGAUGAAUUACCAUGGUUUCAACAAACGAAUUAUUCUAUUAUAAUACAUGAAAAUUUUUUAAUUGGUAAUGAAAUAAUAAAAAUGACAGCCAGAGAUAAUGAUUCUAUACCAUAUAAUAAUAUAAAAUAUCGUUUAUUACCUAGUCAUGAUAUGAUUUUAUUAAAUAAUGAAAAUCUAUUUCAUAUUGAUACGAAUAGUGGGAUAAUAAUACUUAAUCAAUCAAUAAAAAAACCUGGUAUUUAUCGAUUUUUAGUUGAAGCAUAUAAUGAUGAUUAUAUUUAUAAUCAUAAUAAUAAUAAUAAUCAAUAUUUAUCAACAAUCGAUCAUAUAUCAUUGAUUAGAAAUGAUUCAAUGAAAGAUUAUAAAAAUAUUGCCAAUGUACAAAUUCAUAUUAUUGAUGUCAAUAAUCAUGCACCAAAUAUAGAAAUUCAACAAACUCAAGAUACUUUAAUAUAUUACUUAAAUAAUAAUAAUAAUCAUACUAUUCAACAUAUCAAUAAUUCAAAAUUAAUUUUAUUAAAAAUUUCAGAAACAUUAUCUCUUAAUACACCUAUAGCAUAUUUUAAAAUUACUGAUGAUGAUGAAUUAGAUAAUGCUGAUAUUACAUGUCAUUUAAUUCGAUCCAAUGAUAAUGAUCCAUUUAUUUAUACUUAUCAUGAUAAUCAAAAAAGACAAUAUGAAUUAGAUAUAUUUCAAUUAAUAUUUGUAAAUCGUAUUAGUGAUAAUACAAUUAUUAUUAAAUUAAUUUUAUCAAAAAAUUUAGAUGCAGAAAAUUUAUCAAAAAAUUUAUUAUUAAAUAAUAUGAAAUUGAAUUUUGAAUUAGAAUCAAUAGCUGGUUACUAUGGUUUAUUAUUUAGUUGUCAUGAUGAUGGUAUACCACAAUUAACUACAUCUAUACCAAUUAUUAUAGCGAUAUAUGAUAUUGAUGAAUAUUAUCCAAAUAUUAAAUUUAUCAAUACAUCAUUAUGUAAUACAUGGCAACUAAAAUCAUCCAUAAAUCAUUCAUAUAUAUAUGAUAUAAAUAUCAAUGAAAAUAUACCAAUUCAUUCACAAAUUUUAACAUUAGAUGCAAUUGAUGAAGAUGUAACAUCGAAAUUACAAUUUAUACAACAAACAACAAAGUUAUCCAUACCAUUUAGUAUUGAAAAAUAUAAUGGAAUUAUAAUCAAUAAUGAUUUAAUUGAUUAUGAAUAUAAUAAUUAUUAUCAAAUGUAUAUUAGUAUCUAUGAUGAAAAUAAUUUACAAAAAUCACUUGUUACUAAGGUGAUAAUUAAUAUAUAUAUUGAAGAUUUAAAUGAUAAUUCACCAGAAUUUAUUAUAUCACCAUUAAAUGAUAUACAAUAUGAUAGUAAUUCAUUCAUUGAACCAAUUCAAUAUCAUAUGAAUAAUUUAAGAAUUAUUGAAUUAGAUGAAGAAUUAAUACAAACUAAACCAAUAGGUUAUGUUAAAGCCAUAGAUCGUGAUACUGGUAAAAAUGCUGAAAUUAUAUAUUUUAUUGCAGAAAUUUCAUAUCAAUUCAAUAAUACAAAUCAAAUUGUCAAUGUUAUUAUCAAUCAAACAAUGAACGGAAAACAAAUAUUGAAUACACCAAAAUUAUUAAUCGAUUCAAAUGGUGCUUUAUGGUGUGAAAAUAAAUUAGAUAGAGAAAUAACACCAAUGAUUGAUUUAUUGAUUGGUGCACAUGAUCUUGGUGAACCUAAAUUAACAUCUUAUACAAAAAUUCGUAUAUUAAUUAAUGAUAUUAAUGAUAAUAAUCCAAUAUGGCAAUUUCCCACAGAAACUGAUUUUUUAGUUUAUGUACCAAAAUCAAUAACUAUUGGUAAAGUGAUUACUAGAAUACAUGCUAUUGAUAAAGAUGAAUUAACUAAAAAUGGUCAUAUUACUUAUUAUAUAUAUAAUUCAAAUGAUACUACAAUACAUAAAUCUAACUUGGAUAUAAUUUCACAAAAUAUUAUUUCACAAUUUUUUAUAUUAAAUUCUAAUUCAGGUGAAUUAAUUGUAAAACAUUCAUUAAUUCAAUUACCAGAUGGAUUUCUUGAUAUUUGGUUUAAAGCUAAAGAUAAUGGUAAAAUACCUAGAUAUUCCAUUGCAAAAUUAGUAUUAUACAUAACUACUAUUAAUAAUAAUCAUAAUAAUCAUGAUCAUUUUUUAAAUUUGGAUAAUCCACAAAAAUUAAUUAGUUACUAUGAAGAAAAUAAACAUACUAAAGAUAUUACUAUACAAUUACAUUCCAUGGGAAAUUUCAAUGAGAUUCUUCCUAUGAAAAUGAAGUUGAAUUCAAAUCAUGUAUAUAUCACUACAACACCAUUCUAUAAGAAUAAUAUUAAAACUUUAUCAUUAUUAAUUAGUGGUUCAAUUGUUGGUAUCAUCAUUAUUAUUAUAUUUUUAAUAUUAUUUAUCAUAUGUUUUAAAUAUAAUUCAUAUUAUCAUAAUCAUAAUCCGAAUGUAAAAUGUAAUUCCAUGACACAAAUCAAUACAAUAGAAUGUAGUAAUAAUGUAUCAAUGAAAUUAACGAAUAGUAACUAUGCUAAAGAGAAUCAUUGUCCGGAAUCUAAAUUAAAUUAUGAAACAUUACCAACUACCUCAAAUAUGGAAAUAAUAAAUAAUCAUAUAAAUGAUGAAGAAAAUCAAUGUCAUGAUCAAAUAAAUAAAGAAUUAAGAAAACAUAACGAUUUGAAUAGAUCCAGUAAUGCAUCAUUAUCCAUUAAUGAUACGACUAUUCAAACUUAUAUACCAAUGAAUUUCAUGAGAAAUUGUGAUGAAUUACAUUAUUCACCGAUUACAUCAGUGAUUGAUAUAUCGGAUAAAAUUCCAAUACAUUUGCUACAUGUAUCAAAUGAUACUUUUGCUGUACCAUUAUGCAUGACACAUGAUAUUACAACUAGUAACAAUAAUAAUAAUAAUAAUCAUUAUUGUCAUAAUCAUCAUCAUAAUAAUUACACUACUAUUGAACAUAAUAAUAAUCGUGAAGAAGAACUAACAACACAUCCUCUUACAAUUGUUGCCACAGUUGUAUCAACAGAUAAUAUUAAACAAGGUUUAUUACCAAUUUUAACCGAACAAUCAAAUAAUAAUAAUAAUAAUAAUAAUAUAGUUGAUAUUACAAAUAAUAAAUUAUAUGAAAGUGAUCAUUUUAUAAAAUUAGAAAAUUUAACACAUUCCGAUGCAUAUUACACUACAUACACUCCUUGUUUAUUGAGUACAACUGGUGAAAAUACCUCAUGAACUAUGAAUAUCUUGAAUUCAAUACUGACAUAUAUAUAUAUAUAUGUAUAUAUAUAGAGAGAGGGGGAGCGGAGAGAGAGACAGAUAUAUAUAUAUCUAUAUAUAUAUAUUUGUAUAAAUUAAUAUCUAAUCCUAGUAACUACUGAUUUUUACUCAUUUAGACACUUCUUUUUUUUUAGAAAAAAAUAAUGAAUUAACAACAAUUUUUUGUAUGUCAUUGUAUGUGUACCUCUUAGGGAGGGUGAUAGAUUUGUACAGAAUAAUUAAUAAGGGAUGUGUGCUACUGGUCUCGACAGAUAUAAGUAGUACGUAUCAUCAAUCGAAAGUGAAAUGCCUGAAGGCAAAAGGUUGAGAAGAUCAAAGAAAAGGGAACUAAAACAAAGAACGGUUGGUUUGGAAUCGAAAGAACAAUGAAAUUUGAGACGAUUGAUUAACAUUUUGCAAAUGAAGUAUUUAAUAUAUGGUUUUCAGAUUUUACUAAGAAAUUCGGCAUUUUGUAUUUACAUAUAUUCGGUUGUUCCCAUGUGCAUUUUUGUUCACUACACCAGUAUACUUUAUACUUGUGUCUGCACAUUACUUACAUUUUAAUCUUUAUUUUUCCC